UGUUGAAACAAACCAAAUCCCUACAGUCCAUUCCCAAACCCUCUUUUCUCUUUCCGAUCCCGACUCGACUCUCGACUGAUCAUACAGACUCAUCAGCCCUCGUCCAUCUUCCCUUUACACUCUAGAGACGGUGACCGCCGCCAACGCCCAGACUCCAAGAUGGGUCGUUCUCGUGCUGUUCCUCACACAACUGAUGAAGAUCCGAGUCACAGUCGAUCGAAAAGAAAGAGGACCGCUUCCAAUGUAGAAAAUCUUGAGCCAGCAAGCACAGGCUCAGGAAUGAGCGAAGGAAAAAAGGCACUGUACCAUUGUAAUUAUUGCAACAAAGACAUCUCAGGAAAGAUCCGAAUCAAAUGUGCGGCUUGUCCUGAUUUUGAUCUUUGUGUGGAGUGCUUUUCAGUUGGAGCUGAGGUGACUCCUCACAAAAACAGUCAUACUUACAGGGUCAUGGAUAAUUUAUCUUUCCCUCUAAUAUGCCCUGAUUGGAAUGCUGAUGAUGAGAUAUUACUCUUAGAGGGUAUUGAAAUGUAUGGAUUGGGGAAUUGGGUUGAAAUUGCAGAGCAUGUGGGAACCAAAAGCAAAUCACUGUGUAUUGAUCACUACAACGCCAUAUAUAUGAAGUCUCCAUGUUUCCCUCUUCCGGAUAUGUCUCAUGUUAUUGGGAAGAACAGAGAAGAACUUCUUGCCAUGGCCAAGGAGCAAGGGGAUGUCAAGAAUGGAUUCCCUACGCUUGGAGAAGUCACUAUGAAAGAAGAAAUUCCACUCUCUAUGAGAAUCAAGGGGGAAGAUCAAAGGAAGGAUGUCCGCUUAAACUCUGAAAUGGAAGCUGGAUCAGGUGUUGGUAACCUUUCUUCUAUUGAUGCCACCAAGAGAACAUCCCAAGCUAAGGAUGUCCAUGAAAAUAUCAAAAAGGAAGAUAGGGGAAUUGUAGAGAAAAAACCUAGGAUAUCUGCUGAAGAGGCACUGGUUCCAAUGACGGAGCAAAGUGGCUAUAAUUCGAAGAGGCAAGAGUUUGAAAUCGAAUAUGACAACGAAGCUGAGCAGUUAUUGGCAGACAUGGAGUUCAAAGAGACUGAUUCAGAUGCUGAGCGUGAAAUCAAACUGAGAGUGCUGCGUAUUUACUCGAAAAGGCUUGACGAAAGGAAACGUCGUAAGGAUUUUAUAAUCCAAAGAAAUUUGUUAUGCGUUGAUCCAUUGUACAAGAGUCUCUCUCCUGAAGAAAGAGAAAUAUGCAACCGUUACAAGGUCUUUAUGCGGUUUCAUACGAAGGAGGAACAUGAGAUGCUGCUUAAAACUGUAAUCGAGGAACACCGAAUCUUGAGGAGGAUUAAGGAUCUUCAGGAAGCUCGAGCUGCUGGCUGUCGUACAUCCUCUGAAGCUGAGAGAUAUAUUGAGCAAAAGAUGCGGAAAGAAUCUGAAGAAAUUGCUGUUAGAUCAAGGGAUGGCAUUCAAAUUGGUCUCAGUGGACAAGCAAUUUCAGGCUCCUUGAACAUCUGGGAUGUCUCUGGUUUUGCAGGAGCUAAUUUACUCUCGGAAUCGGAGAAACGGCUUUGUGGAGAGAUAAGGAUAUUGCCUACCCAUUAUCUGAAUAUGCAACAAGUGAUGUCUAUAGGAGUGAUGAAAGGCGAGAUCACAAAGAAAUCCGAUGCUUAUGUUCUAUUCAAGGACAAAGUUGAACCGGGGAAGGUUGAUAGAGUUUACGAUAUGCUCGUUAAGAAAGGUCUCGCCCAACCUUGACUCCGGUUUUUCUUUUACUGUACAAUGUUUUUCUUGUUUUCCUUAUAGUUUACUUGGUUUUUAGGAUUCUAGGUUAUAUGUAGAUCUAUACUAUACUCAACAAUUCUUCUUGUUUCAUGGUUAUGACUUUUUAAUAAGUGCACCCCCUUAAAACAUUUGAA